AGGAAUACCGUUAUAUUCAAAUACGAAUGCGCAGAAGAUCAUGAAAAGUUCAGAAAUGAUAUAAAAAAUUUUUUCAUUUUCAUAGAUGUUCUUUUAUCAUUAUUAUUAUUAUUAUUAUUAUUAUUAUAAUUUUAUUAAAAGUUAUAACUUCUAACUCGUUAAUUAAUUCGACAAAAGCAUCUAAUCUAAUUUAUUUUUAUAAGUGUUAAGAAAAAAGUUAUACUAUACUCUUUCUAUUAAAAUUUAAAUCUAUUAGAUGUCUACCUGUUUGAUCAUUCUUAGAAUGAUCUAUUACGCGUUCGAUAACCUUGAACCUUCAAUAUGCCUGUUUCCGAAGGUGACUGCCCGCGAAUUACGUGUAGAUUUGCAUGAUCGACCUUGAACUAUGACUGAAAAUUGGAGAACAAUUUUUGUAACUGGAGGUGCUGGUUAUAUUGGUAGUCAUUGUAUUGUAGAACUUUUAGAAUGUGGAUAUGAUGUAGUAGCUAUAGACAAUUUUGCAAAUAGUGUUGUAGAAGGUAAAGGAGAAUCUGCAGCUCUUAAAAGAGUUGAAAAAAUAACUGGAAAGAAUGUUAUAUUUUAUAAUUGUGAUCUAAUUGAUAAAAACAACCUUGAAGAAGUAUUUAAUAAGCAUAAAAUAGAUUGUGUCAUUCAUUUCGCGGCUAUAAAAGCAGUGGGAGAAUCUAUGCAAGUUCCACUUCAUUAUUAUAAAAAUAAUAUUAUUGGUGCCAUUAAUUUACUAGAGGUAAUGAAAGCUGCUGGUUGCUUUCAAUUAGUUUUUAGUAGUUCUUGUACAGUAUAUGGAGAACCAAAUGAAUUACCAAUAACUGAAGAACAUCCUACAGGAAAUAUAACAAAUGUAUAUGGUCGUACUAAGUAUUUUAUCGAAGAGAUGCUUAAAGAUAUAUCAAGAGCUGAAAAGAAUUGGAAUAUAAUCUCUUUAAGAUACUUCAACCCAGUAGGUGCUCAUUCUAGUGGAUUAAUAGGAGAAGAUCCAACAAAACCAUUUACUAAUUUAAUGCCAUAUAUUGCACAAGUCGCAUUAAGUCAUAAACCUGAACUCAUUAUCUUUGGUGGUGAUUAUCCUACAAAGGAUGGAACAGGAAUUCGAGAUUAUAUUCAUGUCAUGGAUUUGGCAUCUGGUCAUGUAGCUGCUUUAAAUGCUUUACAUAAACAACAUGUUAAACUAAAAAUUUAUAAUUUAGGUACUGGACAAGGAGUAUCUGUCCUUGAAUUAAUAAAAACGUUUGAAAAAGUGACAGGUGCAACUGUUCCAUAUGUUAUAAAAGAUAGAAGAGAAGGUGAUAUUGUCUCUAUGUUUGCUAAUACAGAUUUAGCAGAGAAAGAGCUUGGAUGGAAAACUAAAUACAAUGUUGAACGAAUGUGUGAAGAUUUUUGGAGGUGGCAAACAAUGAAUCCGUAUGGGUAUCGGACGCCAAUAAAAAACGGCAUUCAUCCUCAUGUAAAUAAUACUACAUAAACUUAUGGCUAUACACCAUCUUUCGCCGUAGCGUAUGUAACUUCAACAAUAGGUAUGGAGAAAAAAUGUGCGAUAAGGAAACACUGUCCUCAUUAUCGCAUUAAUGUAUAAGCUUGUUAGGUUAUAGCCCUUUCACGCGUAGCCUAAUAAUCGAAUUAAUGUGUAACAGAAAUUUUUGUAUGUAUUAAAAAUAAUAGUAUAUCUGACAAAAGCAAGAAAAACUAUAUAUCAGAUCAUACAUCUCUAAAGAUAAAAUAAUUGAAAAGUGUUUGUCAUUUGUACAAACUUUAUAUCGUUUGUUUCUAAUUAAAUUUAUAUAAAUAGCUAAGGCGUAUUUAACGAGUCAUUAGUUCUAUAUUACUUCCUAUGGAAAUGAAAAAAAAAAAGAUAUAACAUAUAUAUAAAAGAUAAUAACAAUAAUAGUAGAAAGAAAAUCACUGAUGUAUAU